UGAUUUCCACGUAGGCCCUACACGUUACAGUAGCUAGCUUGAACAUCUAAAAAUGGCUGACGACUUUGGGCUCUCAUCUCCCGACAACGGUGUCCAUCCCGUUGAAGAAGACCCUGCUGCAGCGUUUCUGGCUCAGCAGGAAAGUGAAAUUGCUGUGAUUGAGAAUGAUGGUGAAGGGUUCGGUGGUGAAGGGUUUGGCGAAGGAUUCGGAGAGUUGGAAGAGGCCGAAGAAGAACAACCGCAGCAAGAGGAACAGUCUGCCCCUGAAGUACAUGAUGAUUAUGAUGCCUUUGAUGAUGCACCAGCUGCAGUAAACGGAGACAUGUUUCAGGAUUCAAAUGGGACAUCAGACAGCUAUGCUGCCAUCGCCCAGGUUGACCAGUUGCGGCAAGAACCUGAAAGUUUGCGCAAGUGGAGGGAGGAACAGAAAGCUCGACUGGAAGAUUUAGAUGCUGCCUCCAAAGCUGCAGAGGCUGAAUGGAAAGAGAAGGCCAGGAAGGAGCUUGAAGACUGGCAUCACCAUCAAAGUGAACAGCUGGAGAAGAACAAAGCCAACAACAGACUUUGUCCAAGUGUAGAACGAUCUUCUGAAGAUGCCUUCCUGAAGGAGUGUGGCGAAGACAGCCCGGGCACAGAGUGGGAGAAGGUGGCGCGACUCUGCGACUUCAACCCCAAAACCAACAAGCAAUCCAAGGACGUGUCCCGCAUGCGUUCGGUCCUUAUAUCCCUGAAACAGACACCUUUGGUGCGCAAGGCUUAGAGCUUUUUUUUUUUGGUUUGUUUGGAUUCGUUUUCGUGUCCUUUGCCUCUGCUUUGUUGCACUUUAUUUUAAGACUCGGUGGGAAUGCUAAUUACAAUUUAUUUUUUAAAAGCACAUUGUUGAGUAUAUUGGGUUUUUUUUUUUUUUUUUUUUUUAACGUCCACUCCGCUAAUAUUGUACUACAACCUCUCUGCCUUAUGAAGAAGAUGCCUCCCCCCCCCCCCAUCUGAAGGUAUGCCUAUUUGUAAUCAUGUAGUUGCCUUGAAGUUCUUACCUGAGGCAUACUCUUAAUAGAUAUAAUCAAUCCUAAGUCUAUUUUACAUAGGUCUUAGACACAACAGUUUUUAUGUGCUUGUUAUGGAAGAUUUGCCAUUUUCCCACUAGCAUUGCUGGUAUUAAUCUGUAGAUCCAUUACAGUAGGUACAGAUCAAAGGUAUAACCUUAACAUGCAGCACCUCCACAAAGGUCAUCCAAACAUUUUUACUUUUAAUCAGAAUCAGGUCAACUAUACACCUGUUGCAUUGUAUAGGUCAUAUUGUUUCACUGUUCAGUUUUUUUUACCAGGUGAUACACCACCUGUUGGUUUGUCGGUUAUGAAGCAGCCUUCACAUUUAUUACAGCUUAGAUCACUCCACAUCAACAGUAGCACUGAUCAUAUACCAGGACACUAUACUGAGGCCUUCUGGAACUUCACUUGAGUCAAAUACUCUAACAAAAUGUGGUUUGCACAAGUUUUUUUCUGUUCAUUGACUGCCAAAGACUUGCAUAAACUUGCAUGACAGCACCACAGGGAAUGUCUAAAUGAGGCCUUUAUCACAUCUAUAGUUCUCUUAUAUUGGCUACUGUUCUUCCUGGUUUGUUUUAUAUCGGGAUAGAGCCAUGUAAUGUGCAUUGUUUUUCCCAUGUAAGGUUUGCAUUCCGAUGCAGUUGAAAGAAUGUUACAGGACUUGAUUUCUUCAAAACAGAAGUUCUUCAAUAAAACAUUGGUCAAGGUAAUAA